AUGCAGCUCUUCAGUCGCUUUCUCUCUCUGCGUCGACGAGGGCACAGUACCAAUAAGAACAAGUCUCGACAAUCUUCAGGUAGCAGCUUCGAGUAUGGCCAACCAUCGGUGGACAGACUCUCUGGAGACUUUGAUCCAUACCAAUACCGCUCCCAAGCAGCCGACUAUUCAGACUUUGAUCUUACGCGCUCUGCCGGCAUCCCAAUUCGUGUCACCACUCCCCGUUCCUUCCCUCUUCCUCAACACCCAAUUGAUCACGUUCCGCGCCGAGACCAAAAUGAACUGGCUUCGCCCCGUUUGGUCAAAAUCCAUCGCAAAAAGCUCCUUCAGCGCACUGAAUUUCCUUGCGCUGAUCCUCCGCGUUCGCCACGUAAAGUUUCUCAGGCUGGCCAUUCUCGGUCUCAACGUAGGCACCAAGGCCGUAUCAAAUCAGUCCACUGCAUCGAGAGCGCCUAUUCGGACUCGGGCGAAGAUUUGACCUUUGAAUACUCUCACCUGGACAAUUUGCGACGGGACCCGUCCGUGUUAAGUCUUGUUUCUAUCAUGGACUCUCAAGGAUUCAUUUCGUCCACCGCGUUUACUAAUGGUAGCAAGACACCUAAAGCUAUUAGUAAACACUCCAUACCAUCACACUAUGCUCGAUUUGUCAGAAGCACGCCGGAGCUCUCAGUGCGUAUUGAACAUGAUAUACAAUUUAGAGGACCUAUACAAACCUCUUCCAGCCCGAAGGUCAAUACCGUCCCAGAGACACCAUCAGCCCGUUCCAGAUCAGAGUGCCUCCUUCCUUCGCUCCCUCAAAAUAAUUUGCCAUUGCCGACCCGUUGUGUGACCCCAGAAUCCCAUUCAUUCUCGUCUCUCCAAGUCGAGCCAGGUAGCUUCUCCUUAACCGGGGACUCCACUAAAAACCCUGCUUUGAACACUCACAAAUCUCUCCCGAGAGCUUCUGAAGCUUUUCGUUUUCUCGAAGACCGACGUAAGAUACACCUACCGCCGACAUCUACCGUACCAAGCCGACGCGGCUAUAGCGCUAACGACGCUGUCGCCGAAUCAUCGUUAAUGUCACGACAAUUCCCAAACUCAAGGGCGUCUCGAAUUCCUUUUGUUCACGAGCCUGAGGGACAAACCUUGUCAUCAACCAACGCUACGUACAAUCUCUCGCCUAAUCUUGAGCCUAUAUGCUUCCCCCUCACUGGUGCCCCCAUCGCCAAUUCUUCGCCUAUGUCUCAUAUUUCUCAUUCAAGAAUUAUUUCACCACUGGACAAUAAACUGGUCUUUGGAUCCCCAACCGGUCGGGACACGGACUUUGCCGAUACAAAAAAGAUCCGGACGUUCCACCCACUGCACACAACCUCUGGGACUCUUGAUAUGCGAAAAUACAAUUGUCAUGUGCCAACACACUCUGUCUAUAUGCAGUCUCCUGCUCGGAAUGAUCAGCAUACACGAGUUAUCCACACGACGCCGAGGACACCCAUCGAAGAAGGUCGUGCGGGAACAGGGAUUUCUUUUGGUUUUAGCUUGGGCAAUAAUAUUGUGAAUUCUGACAGCGUGGGUGACCGUCUGAAUAGCGAUCAACAGGAGAUCACACCAGGUCGGCCGACCGUCGUCCUUGUUCCGUCUGGAAGGCAACUCGAUCGUGGUGAGACCCCCGCUUCUGCUUCUGCUCCCGCUUCUGUCAAGCCCGAGCUUGAGCACGAACAGAAUGAACCCCUUUUCGCACUUGGGCUCGACCCCCAUUUUCAGCAGGAGCCCGCGAGUCAAAGUGCGAUCAGUUGCACAGACUCCUUCCAGACGGCGCGGGAAGAGUUUGCCAUUGGAGACCAUGCUAGUUGGACAAGCGAAUUUGGAGUUCAAACAAGAUUCGCUCGUCAUGGAAAUUACCAACUCCGCCAAACUACACGAAAUGGACCACCAAGACUGCAUCUAGAUUUGUCUCAGAGUCCUUUGGUCACGACUUGUAGCCCUGGAACUCCAGUUUCUAGCUCCUGGUCGCAAGAUCGCACCCAUCAUGGUACGCAAUACAUUGUUUGGAUUGAUCGGUCCGCUCGGGUCUCGCCCAACCAAACACCCUUAUCGUUUCUGUGA